UAUUCUCAUUUAAGAAUAUUGAAGUUAAUGUUGGACGUCGAUCGUCGGGUUGUGUUUUCCGUUGUGAACGCUACACCUGCGUGGUAGUGUUCGAGUUACAGCCCUAUACAAACUUAAAAUCCCUAAUAAUGGUCGAUAUUGAGUUAAAUGAAACCAGUGACAAUAAGGUGACUGCAGUUACCAAUGGCGACUUGUCAAAAGGAGAUUCUUUGAGCAAGUCGGAAGAUGUUCAAGAUGAAACGCCUUACACAGUUAAGAUAAUUCCAACCCAUUCAGAUCCUUUCGAGUUACAAGUGAGCUCUUUUGAGCUCGUUCAAGAAAUCCAUCGUGUGUUAAUGGAUCGAGAAGAAACAUGCAGUUGCACUUGCUUUUCUUUGGUUCUAAACGGUCAGACACUAGAUAUGUUUGCAGAGUUAAAGUCAGUCGAUGGUUUGGCUGAUGGCGUCGAACUGAAAGUUGUGGAAGAGCGCUAUAGUGUUCGUGAAGCCAAAAAUCAUGUUCGACAUAUCCAUGAUCUCCUUCAUUCAGUCGAGCCUAACGAUGCAUACGCAGGUAGAGAACAGAUGUCCCUAUCAUUUGUCAAUUCAGUAGCGGGAGAGCUAGAACGCAAACAUUUCCCUACUCGGUUAGAUAUGCGCAUUGAUUUCAUACCACCUGAAUAUGUUAUGCCCGGUUUUGGUGCAAACACCAACCUCCCAUUAUUGCCUUUACAUCCUUUGGAUCGUGAUGGAAAGCCAGUUAAGUGCGUUCGCCAACUUAAUUAUAGUAAUUGGAACCCUCCACCACCUGCAAGACGACUCUUAGGAGAUCUGAUUUAUUUAUUCUUUCAUACGUUAGAGGACAAAAAGUACCAUAUAACUGCUUGUCCCAGAGGGUUUUAUGUAAAUAUGUCUACGGAUGAUCAGUUUAAUCCCCACCCCAUACAACAUGCUUAUGUGGCACAUUCUCUGAUCGAUCUCCUGCGUCAACUUAGCCCAGGAUUCAAGCGCAAUUUUGAGUCCCUUUUAAAAAAUCGAGCUGCUAAACAUCCAUUUGAACGUGUUCCGACUCCGUAUCAAGUUCAUUCCUGGUUAGCGCCACUAGUUGAACAUUCCCCAGAUUCUGUAAGAAAAGAAGAAGCGUUUUCUUCUCGCAUGGCGUGCGAAGAAAAUUUGCCCGGUCAAACUAGGGACUGGAACGAAGAGCUACAAGUUACGCGUGAACUUCCACAGACACGUCUUACAGAGCGGCUACUUAGAGAUCGUGCUAUUUUCAAAUCAAACAGUGAUUUUGUUGCUGCAGCAACUCGUGCUGCUGUUAGCGUAGUAAAUGGAGAUAUUAUGGCUAUUAACCCAGGAGAAACACGUAAACAACAAAUGUUUAUAUGGAAUAAUAUGUUUUUCUCACUUGGAUUUGAUGUUAAAGAUCAUUACAAACAUUUCGGCGGUGAAUAUGCCGCAUAUGCUGCCACAUCUAGUGAUUUGUGUGGAGUACGUGCAUAUUCGAUGCUAGAUCAACCUGGACUGUAUACUCUUGGGACAGCUAUUAUUGAUUACCGUGGUUUUCGCGUUACCGCUCAAACAAUCAUACCAGGUAUUUUGGAGAAAGAACAAGAACAGUUAGUUGUUUAUGGUUCAAUUGAUUUUGGUAAGACAGUGCUCACCGAUAAACGUUAUGAAGAGUUAUUGUCUAAAACGGCUAAACAAUUGAAAAUCAAGCCACACAAGGUUGUCAAUCAGUCAGGUGAUGCAAUACAGUUAUAUUCAUCUGUGGAUUGUAAAGGAAUUGUUGGAAAUGAUAAUCGAACUUAUAUUCUGGAUUUACUACGUACUUUCCCACCAGAUCUAAACUAUUUAGAUAAUGGUAGUGAUAUACGACCUCAAUUGUCUCCUGAAUUGGUGAAAUUAGGUUAUCCUUAUCAACACCGACAUAUGUUGGCGACUUUAAGACAAGAGUUGAUCGAGGCAUUUUUUGACCAUCGUUAUGAAAAGUUUCUACGUCUGGCUGCUCUAGAGAUUCAGAAGGGUAAAUCUUCCUUAAAAGGUGAAUGUGAUGAUCAGGAUGCUGCUAGUGUGCAAAAUGGACAAGCUAACUGUUCAAACACUAAUGAUGAUCCCUUAUCUCCCAAAGAUAGUCUAAUUACAACCAAACACCAAAUAGACCACCAUGAUGUUACUGGACACUCCAGUAAUGCUUUGAACUCAGGGAUUGGGACAAUAAAGUCUCCAAGCAAGAAUCAAUCAGAUGAUUUAAGCCUGAUGAAAAGAUUACUAGAAGAUGAUCAAGACACACAAAAAAAUGACGUAAUUCGAGAAGCUAUCCGCAAAGCAGCAGCAGCUGUCGGUUCUCUGAGUACAGAUCGUUUUGAGCUUACAUUCAAUCCUGAUAUUUAUCAGAAAUUUGUCAAAUUUUGUGAUUCAGAAGAACAAUCACUAACAGUUGAUCAAGAACUAGUAUGCAGUGCUUGCGAAUUUCUGGUUUUAAAACAAAUUCCAGCAUUUGUUAGAGACGCGUUAAAUUUGUGUAUCACUCCGCAAGAUGGUAGAGCUUUGAUAGAGUUAAUGCAUCAGCGUGGCAUUAAUGUGCGUUAUUUGAAUCGUGUAAUCGAAUCAGUCAGUAUUCACCAGUCGUUAGGUUAUCUCAAAAAAAUGGCUAUUUGCGAAGUCUUGUUACGGUCUGCAAAACAUUUAUUUAAAACAUAUCUUCAAGAUGUUGAUCCUAUGCUUCUUUCUGUUGGGGUUGCUCAUUUUCUCAACUGUUUUCUAACAGCAUGUCCUAAUCUUACACCGUUACUUGGGAUUGAUGAGCAAGUCCUCAAACUGAAUCGUAAUAAAAAGAAUAAGAAGAAAUUGAAAAAUCUUCGUGAAUCACCAGAAGAAAUGGCAUGGCUUAAUGAAACACAUUCCAGUUUAUGGUCUGAAAUAAUUAAAGAAGCUAAGGAAUAUUAUCAUUAUCAAAUAACUGCGUUAGACAUUGAUGAAUUCUGUAAGAUUUAUGAAGUUCAACGUAUUCAGCUUCUUAGAACAUUUUGUACAUCUGUUGGUAUUCAGCUACUUUUACGCGAGUAUAAUCUCAAUCUGCCGAAUGGUGCUAAACAUCAUCAAAAACCGGUAUUUAAUACUGAAGAUAUAAUAUCUCUUUAUCCAAUAGUGAAACAUUUACAUCCUCAUGCAACUGAUGCUUAUCAUUAUUUUACAACUGGUCAAGCUCGAAUUUCUGCUGGUCAUCUUCAAGAAGGAUUUGAGUUAAUUAAUGAAGCUUUAAGUCUUCUGAAUGGUGUAUAUGGUCCUCUUCAUCCUGAUAUUGGUGCUUGUAAUCGUCUUUUAGCUCGUUUAUCAUAUGUCAUGGGUGAACAUGAAGCUGCAUUAUUAUUUCAGCAUCGUGCUACAAUGAUUAGUGAACGUGUACACGGAAUUGAUAAUCCGAAUACAGCUACUGAAUAUAUACAUUUCUCACUUUAUGUAUUCGCUUGUGGACAUAUAUCUACUGCUUUACAAUUACUUUAUCGAGCUCGUUACAUAGCACUCUUAUGCCAUGGUGAAUGUCAUCCUGAAAUAACACAAAUAGACACUAAUAUCGGUUUAAUGUUACAGUUGGUUGGUGAAUUAGAUUUGGCUUUAAUCUUUUUCGAGAAUGCAUUAUCUUUAAUUAAAUUAUUUUAUGGUGAACGAAAUUUGAAAGAAGCUUUCACUUGUCAUUUAAUCAGUCUUACGUAUACCUAUCGCGGCGAUUUUCGUACUGCUCUUGAUUAUGAAAAACGUCGUUUUCUAAUAUACAAAGAACGUUUAGGUCCAGAUAGCGAUUAUACUAAAGAUAGUGAUGAAUGUUUGCGACAACUUACCCAACAAGCUGUGACAAUUGCACGUAAAGUAGCUGAACUCACAGCAACUGCCUCCACAACAAAGUCAAUUGGAAGUGGUGAUUCUUCUUCGUCCACUGGUCAUUUGAAUUCACAUUCAACUAACAAUCAUCUUUCUAUCAGUGAAUCACUUGUUGCUAAGGCAGUUUUAUCAAAUGCAUUCUGUGGUGGUGUUAAUGGGAAUGUCAACGCUACUGGGGGUAGUGGUGGUUCAUUAACUUUGCCUAUGCCAACUGUUUCUUCAAUUUUAGAAACUCUCAAUCGUGUAAAUGGAAUAUUAGUUAUACAAAUAAGAGGAAAAGAUGACAAUCAACAUGGUCACAAAGAAGAUAAAAAUCUGUCAAGUAAUAAAUCUGAUCUUACAGAAUCCCAUGUUGUUAUAUGUGAUAAAAUUCGGCAGUCCAAAAAUGAUAUCCAUCUGUUGACAUCAUCUAAUGAUAAUAAAUCGUCGAAAUCUUUUCCCACCUCAUUAAAUAAUAGUGAUGUGAACAAACCUGUAAUUCCAGUAUUGUAGAGUAACGUUGGUGUUUUGAAUUGAUUUAACUUACUAAUAAUGAUUAUCAAUUAAUUAUUAUUAUUUUAAGAAUGAAAUAUAAAAACAAAUUAAGAACAGAAUAUCUCCAAUUGUUAUGGAAAUUAGCCGUAUACAAUAUCCCUUUAAUCAUCUCAAUUAUAUUUCUAUAAUUGCUUUAGGACGAAUGAAUACAAAUAAGAAUUCAAUUCAAAACGUUGUUUGUUUUUCGUGUUGCAUACAUAUAUAAUUUUAGUUCAGUAAAUACCAAAAUUACUACAAUAUAAUUAAACUCUUGUUGUAUACUAACUAUUAGUCUUCCUAUUUUCUUUUUUUUCCUAUAUACAUAUACAUUGUGUUUAUAAUUUAUGUAUCAUAGUUUAGAUGAACAUUCUUAGUUACAUAAUAAUGUCUUUUGUAUACGUUGACUGAAAAAAGAAGUUUUGUACACAUUACACUUGUAUUAUUACUGUUUUGUCUUAAUGCAUAUUUACAUAUAUAAAUGUACGUAGAUUAAAUUUCAUAGUUUUGGUGUAUGUGUGUGCAAAAACUUAUUUCAAUAAAAUCACAUUAGUUUGUAGAUUAGUUAAGUAAUUCUGCCCAUUUUUGCAUUUUAAAAGAAUAUUCAGUUUUACAUCUUUUGUUUCUUAAAUAAAAUACAUAAUCCGGGAUGUC